UCAAGGAUUGGUUUGUAAUCAAUCCCUGCUUUAUGAAGCUUAAUGUGGUCAGUUAAUUUCUCCUUUUUUUUUUGUAAUGCUUUGUUUUGCAGGGAGUCUUUUUUUACAAAUGUUAUUUUAAAAAAUCAAAUUUUAAAUAAAAGCAGUUAGUUUCUAUCAAUCAUAAAGAGUUUGAAAACUAGAAGAAGGAAUUGUAAAUAUAUAUAUAAAAAAGAGACUUGUUGAAUUAUAUUUGCUUCGAGUCAGUUUUUUUUUAAAUCUGAUCUCUAUAAUAAAGUUGAAACAAAGGUUAUUGUAGCACUGAAAAUGUGAAAUAUAAUGGAAUACCUUAAGAAAGAAUGUUUGGCAGAAAAUGGAUCUACUCUCUAUAUAAGUAUCACCCAGGUAGAAAGUUUUGACCUUUCGUCGUUAACCAUCAAUACAUCAGGAUUAGUUCCAAGAGAUUCCACCGCGCGGCCUGACUGGGAGUUCAACUAUGAAGACAUGUUUGGUCCCAACGUUACCUGUAGCACCCAGCAGCUUGAACUGCCCAGAGACAUGAGGUUUACAGAGGAUACCAUGAUCUCUGUGCUGGCCUACAUCUGCAUGUUCCUGGUCUCAUUCGUGGGCAACGCAAUGGUGUUCACCUCACUGUGGGGCAGCAGGCGCUCCAGGAUAAACUUGUGCAUACUUCAUCUGUCAGUGGCGGAUCUGUUUGUGGCCUGUGUUUUCUUACCAUUAGAGACCACGUGGCAUAUCACUGUGUCCUGGAGAGCUGGAGAUUUAGCCUGCAGGAUCUGCAUGUUGCUGAGAGCCUUUGGGUUCUAUUUGUCUUCCUAUAUCACAGUGGUCAUUGCUCUUGAUCGUUACAUAUCCAUUGUGCAUCCAUUAAAAAUUUACUCUUCAAAGCGCUGUAAAAUGAUGUUAUUUACAGCUUAUAUUGUCAGUUUCGCUUUUAGCUUUCCACAGAGUAUCAUAUUCCACGUCGAACCCCACCCUUUAUUUCCGUGGUUCUUUCAAUGCGUCACGUUCAACUUUUUUCCAAGUCCGAGUCAGGAGUUGGCUUAUGACAUCUUCAGCUGCGUGGCUGUUUACCUGUAUCCUCUAGUCAUUAUUGUCGUGGCCUACACACUCAUUUUAAUCAAGUUGUCAAGACAACAAACCAAGCAUGAAGUGAUGACGUCAUUUUCGGAGAGGUCGUCUGGAGAAUCCAGUAGGUCUACACGAAAACAGCACAAGUUGUCUCAGAGAUCAGUAAGUCUCGAUCACGGGAUGAGAUGCACUGCAACCAACAAUAUAUCCAGGGCCAAACUCAGGACUUUCAAAAUGACAUCAUGUAUAGUUGGUAUUUUCAUUAUCUGUUGGACGCCAUAUUUCUCUGUGUUUCUUUAUCACUGGAUAACAAAAGAUUCCUCCAAACAAUUGGACAAUAAAGUUCAGCGACUUCUAUUUAUUUUCGCUGUUUCCAAUUCCUGUUUGGAUCCUUUAAUCUAUGGAAUGUUUACAACGACAUUAAGAAACAAAUAUAGCAGCUGGAAAGAUUACGUCCAUCUCAAGCUCUAUAGAACAAGAACUUCCAGCACCUUCUAGACUGAAUCAGUUAAUGGCUACAUAGUACCUACAUAAAAUGUUUAGAUACUGCUGUUUUUUUAUAUUUUUUAACUGUCUUCAAAUGGCCGCCUAAAAAUCAGCACCAUAUAGUACCAGAUCAUUUUUUUUUCUGGCAGCUAUUCUAAAUGAAAACUAUUUUGGCUUUUAUUCUGUGUUUAACAGUUUUGCACAUUCAUUGUAAAUUUAAUUAUACACUUAUUCUUUCUAACUUGGUGUUUUUUAUCUAAACAAAUAACUCUUAUGUAAAAUGGUACAUUUUCACUUUAAACGAUUCACUUAUCAUAAUUUAGCAAUCGCACUUAAUCGCAAGUUCGUCAAAUGAAUGUAUCAAAUGCGUUUAAGUCUAGCCAAUAUAUUGCCAGCAUAUUGACUGAACUAUAGCGCUCAGCGUAUCGCCAGAAUAUUAACUAAACCGCCCAAGUAAAGAGCCAAUAUGGAGAGAUUGUGCCUAAGAUAGAUGUUGUUUUGUGUACCUGUGAUGUCUUGUAAAUAAACAUCGAUAUGCCUCGUUGAGCUGCCUCACUUACAUUGGGGUCAGAAGUGGGAUUAUAGGCGACUCAACGAGAAGAGGUAGGAUUCGAUCACAAUGGCAUCUUUAAAACAACAUCUAUCUUAGGCACAAUCUCUCCAUAUUGGCUCUUUACUUGGGCGGAAAUCGUUCUCCCGUCUCUUCCUAAUGUUGACAUCUUUCUCAGUCUAGUUUAUCACAGUGCGCACCUUCUAGCUUAGAUGGCGGUGCGAGCCUGUGCGCAUGGCGGAGUUAUAACAAUAUGAUUCAGUGUGAAGCUGGUAUAACUAUUCCAAUGAUGGAAGUGGUCGAUUUAUCAUUCCUUACAAAAUAGAACUCUCUUUUCCAUGAUAUAGAUAUAUAAAAUUCUAGGUGGGAAAAUGCCCCUUCCUUUACAUAUUUCAAAAGAUUUUUAGUACUUUUAUGAAUAACUAAAGGGAUUUUAUACUUAAUUUAAAAUCAUGUUCACUUCUAGAAGAUUAACAUAAUCGUUCUUUGAUCCAUAUCUUUGCAUAUAUCAAAUAUAAAAUGGGAUAGACAAUCUUUUUGCUAUUUACAAAGCGUGUAUCAACACACUUAGUCAGUCUAUCUGACUUUAAAGAAACAAAUGUGAACAUGUUUGAUCUCCCAUUUUACUUUCACCGAUCAAAUUUAAUUUUGCACAAUUAUUCACUGAAUAUGAGAAGAAUGGAACCAAUCAAACUAUAUCAACCAAUAAGUUAAUUAAUUUUUGGAGAUUAUUUUUUUAGUUCCAAAUGAGUGGAAUAAACACUUCAUUGGAGAUGUGUGUAUGGAUUUAUUCCUUUAGUACGUUUUAAUACGUUUAAUUCUCCUACUAUCCAUCACGAAUCAAGUGAAAACUUUGCAUAAUUAUUUAUAGUCGUUUAUGCUGAUACCCGAAUAAAAUCAAAAUGCUAAUCUAUAAGUUAAUGAUAUGCCACUAAUUAAUUAACUGUACUCUUGUAACAGAAAAAGAACUAAACCAUAUACUUUUCAGAUAAAUGUCAGUAAUUAGCGGUUAUUUUCUUGACACGAAAUAUAUAGCGGUUUUUUAACACUUAGCAGGCAACUUACUAAAAAAAAAAGCAUAAUUCUCGUUAUUUAUAUGUAAAGCUUAUUGUUUGUGGCCUUGAAAAUGUUAUUUGUAGAUGUACAAAAGCAUAAAAUGAAUUAAUUUGUCACUUGAUAUUAUUUUGUAUUUCUUUAUCGACAUUUAUAAGAUCAUUCAGUUUUCAGGGGUUAUUUUAUAACUAUCUCUAUAAAAAGCAUCUAAUUAGGACAGAGUUACCAAGCAAGGCAAUCAUCUGGUUUUAAGUUUCUAUUUUCGUCACCAAAAUGUCCCGUCUCUUUACCCCUCACAGCGUUUACCACCAUUGAUGUCACUUUCUAAGUGACAACCUUCAAUUUAUUGCAACCCUCGGAAUGUGCUCAUGUGAUCUAUGUCAGCGGCAAGAUCCUGACCUUGUUGUGGAAUCUAUCUGUUUACUUUCUUAUUGUUUUCUGUUUUAGUGGUUGCCAACCUUUAGGCCUAACUUUAUCGUUCAAGGAGUCAAAUACAUGCUUCACAGAUGUGUUCAUUGACGAAUAAUAUAGUCUUCACUUUUUUUUUAAAUUUAAGUCGAUGUGGCUUUCAUUUUACACUCGCAUCAAGAAAACAUGCAUAUUGACAUUUAAAUCUACAUCUUAGUGGAAGCUUAUUCGCUAAAUUAAAUAAUACAAAACUAAGUAAAAAAAAAUCAUGAGUAUUUGAAUACAUCUGGGUCAACGGGUAAAAACGGCGGCCCGGGGGGAAGACUUAUGGAGACCCCUACAAACGAGAGCUUUAUUAAAGAUGCACUAAUGCAUAAAAGACUUAUAUCUAAAAGCAUGCUAUAUUUUAGAUGAAAAAAUAAAGUAAUAAUGUAGGUAAUAUUAAAAAAAAUAGCAUGCAUAUUUUACGUUUGUGGAGAAAGGCACUAUAUUGACGCAUUGCGUAAAUCCUAAGGUUCACCUAUUCUCGCAUACUCCGAGCAUGCUACAAUUACAAGCGGACACUUCUUAAUCACGACGAUGUUGUCACCUGACGUAGAAGUUAAAGUGUUAGGGGUAAAAAUAAAAAAAAAAUAGUCCUUCGUUGUAGCCACUAGCGGAACCAGAACUUUGCAUUGGGGGGGACGAUUUUUUUCCAAACCCUAACCCUAACGCCCUGUAAACCCUAACCCUAUGCAUAAA